GGUUCAUCGAGUCAAGGGCGUGGUCAAAACAUGGUCUUUGGGAAUUUGAACCAUCGAGUUCUGGAGCAUUGCUACUAUACCCUCAGACGUCCGAGGUCGACCCCCGACCUCGGUCCGGUCGGACCCGACCUCUUCGCGGGUGUUGCGACACAAGGCCCCCGGACUUCUUAGGGUAGUUACCAUGGACUUAUAGGGCCCUCCAAGGGGUCGAAUUGGUAUCCGAGUGCUGGACCUCGAUUUCUCAAGUGCUGGAGACUCCAUGCGCUCCAUGAUGGUGCGCAUGGAGGGUGGGGAAUGCCCAUGAUCCACUCCAUGAUCUAUUUUUCUGGAAGAGGACCUUCCGUUUGUGACCUCCAACUGGAGUGUCUAAGUGACCUCUUCAGGAACUAAGUGACCUCCCCCAGGGCUUCUGAGAUCUCAAGUUCGGUCUCAAUCGACCUGGCCUUUGGAGCGAAGCGUGUCCGAAGCGUGUCUUUCGUUUGAAGGAACAGCUCGAAGCGCCGUGGUCCACCCAUAAAACAACCCAGCUGGAUGCCCGUUCUUGUUCUGGAGCAUAGGGAGACAAGGCAUAGGGAGACUCCAUUCGGUCCUGAUCCGGGGGUCAUGCGGUCAUGCCUGGUGAUGAGGCGCUGCAACGGGGCAGUGGCUGAAAAGUUGGGCGCUGAACAUGGCGGUAUCCGAUGGUCAAAUUACAUAUGUCGAAGCACCCUUCUGUGACGUUUCUUGAGGUGCAUUCCAGAAAAGAAAACGGAUAACAAACGCACACUGUGUGCCAUCCAGUUUGAUCCGGCACACUUUUGGGCAAGAAGUUCACAUACGUUUACCAAGGAGGACACAAAUCCCACAUUUUUCAUGAUGUUUAUACAGUUUUGGUCACCUACUUUCUUAGUGUGUAAUCUUUGACUUUACUUGAGGUUUGAUCGGAAUGAAUAAGUUAGGCACCCUUCACAGUAGGAUAAGUACUUUGAUUCAACAAAAAUCACUCAAACCGCCUGUUAGUUGCUCAGUGUCCCUUUAUUUCCCCACCUGCGCCCGAACCUGAUGGUCUCUUCCCAACGAAAACGGUCUCAGACGUUUGGGACCCACCUGAGGGUCCUACAAGAUAGCGAGCGCCGGAAGAUCUACGACACCUUCGGCACCGAUCUAGGACGGAUCGGUCGAUUGUUGAUCCUCCUUGGCUUGGUGGCCGUGGUGCUCUACUUCGCCGACGCCAAGCCGCGCGGCACAUGCCGUGGCGCAUCCCGAAUCCCCUGCCAAAACCGACCGGGCAAGCACUCGAUGUUUGCGAGAAAGCGAGCUGAGGGUGAAGCGGUUCAAGAGAAUUACAUGUAUUCACAGACUCUUAUUAACAUGCAUUAACUGUUCAAUGUUUGAAUUGUUAUGAGGGCACUGACAGAUCUGCAUUUGUGAGCGUAUUGACAGCCAGGCCGGCAACAGGCGUCACGCCCUGGAAGAAUCAUGAAGCAUCUCCUGAAACAAAAAGAGAUCGAACACACCUACCUACAUCCGACUUCACAGGUGGUUCGACCUCUUGGGGCGUUCGCCCCUGCUUCAGACCUGGCAGGAACCCGACCUGGCAGGGAGGGCGGCUGGUAGUUACAUACAUCAUGAUCUGGACUGCUCUCGCCAUCUCUCGCCCCCUCCGAGGUUUGGGCAGUUUAGCGCGCGAUCGGAGGAGGUCAUGUCCUUGUUCGUGAACCUCUUCGUCAUCGACGUCGUGAUCGUCCUGAAUUGGCUUUGGUCCCUUCUCUCCGACACCGUUUGUGUCUUCUAUUUGGUCUCGGAGAUUGUGAGCCCCCAGUACUUCUUCGAGA